GCAUGCACGGAUCACUAAAUUGCGCACGGAUGCAAUGAUUCUUUGCAGGGUCUAGUUGUUCGUGCCUUAGAGACUUGGUGCGUUAGAAAUUGGUGCCUUAGAUCCCCGAUUGGCGGAUUGCUGCAUGUGGGUGGAUGCGUAUGCUACUGUUCGCGCGCAAAGGGUUGCAAUAGCGAGCAUGCGGCAGGCGUCAAAGUUUUGAGCUGCGACGACUACAGCAGAUAUGGCUUCGAUGUCACACGAUGAAGAGGUUCGCGGGCUCAAGAGGAAGGUGGAGGAGAUUGCCAAGUCCGACCCGCAGGAUGCGCUUGAGCAAGGCCGAAGAGUGGCCGCAUACGCUAAUAGCUUGUUUCUGGCCACUGCCUACCACCUCGGCCGACACGUCCAAGAUGCCCACGGCCGCGUCGAUGCCGCUGGUGGCAAGAGCGCCGCUAAUGGAAAGGCGCUCCGACAGUGCGCACCCCAUCUGCAUGCUGCACAGCGUGCGGCGAAAGUCCACCACGACAAAGAGGAGAAUCGCAAGAAGACAGGCCUUCACGGUCUGGCGCCGCAGCAGGAGCAAUGGACGCUAAGUUUGCAAACGCAGGAGAAGCUCGCAGAAGUGGUCCGUGAUCAUGGAGAGGAGCAGACACGCCGCUUGCUCGCCAGGGCGCUGUACGAGAGGUACCGGAGAACCGUCGGCCGUGCCGCCACCACCGGUCGCGCCGUCGUCACCAUCAAGGAUCAAGGUGUCAAGAAGGAGGACAUCGACAGAGUCGCGCUCAGCACAUGGGCGCUCCCGACUCCGGAGCCGGGCGAUGUUUCGGCAAUCGUUCAGCAAGAUGAAGGACGGCUACCUUUCAUCAGAAGCGGAUCGGUCGCUACUUCGAACGUGCCUGUGGCCCCACUGCCUACCGGAGGUGGACAGGAUGCAAAUGGCUCCAGCACACCACCUCGCCUGGAAUGCAAAGCGAGUGAUUUGUACGAAAGAACCGAGGAUACUGUAUGCCGCCUCUGGGCAAGUAACGGUACUCUUACACGACAAGGGUACAUGCUGGUCACGGUAGCUGACCUUCCUUGCGAUAACCUUGCGGUGGACUUGUCUAUCAGUAUCGAAAAGGACCAAAUCGUUCAGACUGCUGUGCGGUUCCAGAAGCGAAACACCUCACACCCCCUUGAAGCCAAGCUUAGCAAUGUACCAGAUGUGGCCGCGCCUGUGCCUGACCAUCUGCCCGCUUUGUGGCAUGUAUCCAAGGAUGUCGGUGACGACCCGCUAGAGUGGAUGACGAAGCUCUUGAAUGCUCCGCCGAUGGACACACUUCACUACCUGAUUUUAGACGCCGCGGAACACGAUUCUGCCCCACCUUGGUACAACGUUAUACUACACCCCGGCACUGCAUUAAACACCCUGACAAAGCUACCCGGCAUCAACACGAGCCUGAAAUAUCUCUGCUACGACAAGGGCGCCGCCGCUGGGCUCCACAUCGAGGACAACAACCUUGGCUCCCUCAACCUUAUUGUCGCAGGUGCUCCGAAGGUAUGGCUGAUCGUCCCACCAGACCAACAGGACGUACUAGAGCAGGCUCUUCUGCGGAAAUGGAGGCUCAAGAGCGAGCAAUGCUCGCAAUUCGUUCGGCACAAGGGCGUACUGCUUUCGCCCGCUUUCCUGCAGAAGUACAACGUCAACUUUCAGAUCGUCGAACAGCAGGCAGGACAGCUCAUUUAUACCGCACCUAAUACCUACCACCAAGUGAUUAACCGUGGACCGAACAUCGCCGUGGCGAUCAACUGCACGGCUCCUGAAGUGAUUUCAGCUACUACUCCGACGACUCCGAUGACAGAUUCUAUGAUGAUUUCCAUGACGACUUCAACGACGACUUCAACGACGACUCCGUCAUCAAUGACGACUCCGACAUCAAUGACGACUCCGACAAUGACAGCAACGACGGAUUCGUUAACAGCUCCAUUCGAGACUCCUCCAACGACUUCAUCUAGAGCUCUAUCUGUAGCUCCCUCUACAGCUUCAUCUAUAGCUCAAUCCACGGCUCCGUCCACGGCUCCAUCCACAGCUCCAUCUACGGCUUCUCCCACGCCAUCAAUAACCACCCUUAGAACAACUUCUUUGACGCCUGCCAUGCCCACAUACAAGUGGUGUACCAAGAAGUGUAGGCUCAAGGGGGUAACGCCAUUGGCGGAAGAAGACUUCAUCAAUACUAUGCAGGCUUCAUAAGCAUCAACAAUGCCGACUUCUGCUUGACGUGCAGCAGAUUGUUAGCAGCGACACCGCUGGGCACAUCUCCUGGGAGGCGCGCAGUGUUACCGCAUAAGCAUUGUUUCUCCAGACUCACAGAGGAAGCACGAUAGGUCUCUCAUGGGAUGGUUAAGUCACUGUUUUGUAGGUGGGUAGCUCAUGUUAAUGAUGGCAGACGCCAUGCCGCUUGUUCAAGCUUAGCAGGUACCGUGCAUACACCGCUCGCUCAAGCCCACUACAGCAGCGCCACAGUCAACGCCGUUUCCAACCUGUCUGUUGUAUAUUGACCUACCUCCGGCCUUGCGCUGUUAU